GCCAUUUUACAUUGAAAAUACUGAUACCAUUUUGGCGAUACAAAUUUAUCAUCUCAAUGUAAAACGUUAUUUAAUUCUUGCUACUAUUAGAAGACGAUCGAAUUUAAACGUUUCACUCGAAUUCAUAUUUCUAAGCUUAUCUCCAAAUGUACAGAAGCGUUUUCUCAGGACACGAACAGAGCAUACUUCAUAAAAACAAUCCGAAACCUUAAUACAAACGCGUCCCAUUCUGAGACAAAGAUAGAAGUAAUAAUAAUAACAUCACGUGCGCAGACGAUCUCGACACGAACCGUUUCAGUAUAUCACAACUCGCUCAGUUAAAACGAAUACACAAUUCAAAGAGAUCAGUAAACUCGGCAAUCUCUAUUCAAAAAGGAUCUUAUAGCAAUUUUAAUGCUACUACGUCUAACGUUAAUAUCAUUUGUGCAAUAAACAAGUGAACAGGAACAGAAAUUGUUAAAUGAGAGCAAGAUUGACGAGAUAAGUCAUGAAGUCACACUUCAUACAGUAUACACUGCUCGCAAUUGCUUGCGGUAUGACAAGCCUCAUGUUCAGCGUGAUUCUACAAAAUAGACGACAGAAGAUGAAAAAAAUCAGACAAAACAAGUUACCGAUAGUCCCAUCUAAAUUAGAAGAUAGUGCAGAAUAUAUUUCAUUGAAUCGUAAACGCAAUUACCUAACUAUUUCCCAAUUACCAGCACCGAGAUGGGUCAAAGUCGGUAAGGUUACAAAUCUGUACGCAUAUCCAUUAGUAUCGGGCAAACCAUGUGUCGUUGAUGAGUGUCAAGUGAAAUAUGAGGGGAUGUACAUGUUUAAGAAUGGCCAAUUAAUAAAUUGGGAUCGAGCAUUUGUAGUAUAUAAUAUAGAGAGCAAGUGCAUAAUAACUAGUAAUAAUUUCCCGACACUACAUGAAGUGGACUUGAUGAUCGAGAAUAAUUACAUAAUAUUACAAGCCGCUCAGAUGCCCACUUUAAGCAUCAAGCUGAGAGACAAUGAAAUUGUCGAGUGUACUUAUUGGUGUUGUGAGAAAAUACAACCAUUCCCAAAAAUCGUUUGCACAGAUUGUGGCGACGACGUGGCCCAAUGGUUAUCCAGAUUUUUAUGGGGAAAAGACUCCGGUUUACGUUUGGGACAUGCAAUCAAUGCCGUCGGUUGUAUGGGUAUAUACUGGCAACUUGUGCUCAGGAAUUGCAUAUUGUAUCAAAGAGUCAGACGAAAUAAACACAGUUUGAAACCAUUCAUAGAUAUAUUACACAGCAUAUUAAUAUCGCCGACAUCAUAUAAUAACACAUAUGAAAUGUUGAGAUUAUUUGAACCAGACGAGAUGAUUUGUCCAAACGUCGUUAUUUUAAUUUCAAAUUUAUAUACGGCGGAAAAGUGGGAGUGGAUCAAGAUUGGCGGUAUAAUCAUUAAGAAUACUCAACCGUUUGUUGAACUAAGAAAAAGUUCAAUGGACAAUAAAUUACUUGGGUUGGGAGUUAAUUGCGAACUGUAUCUUCUUGGACGUGUUAAAUUAGGUGACAACGUAUACCUUCACAUUCCCGACAAUGAUUUAAUGGAAGACCAAAGUCCCAGGAAAAAAAUGUCAUCUGAGAUCUGGAAAUUCUAACAUCAAGAUGUCGUAAUAGCAGUAAUUUUUGUAUUACAUAUGAUUUUAAUUUAACAAGUGUGAUAUCACGCAUAGAUUUCGCGUGUACCAUCCCCGCAAUCAGAUGUGCGUAUGAUGCAUUGAUUAAUUAUCUGUUAUUGAUGUAAUUCUAGAAUUUGAUUUUUGUGGCUCAGCUGAUUUCAUUUUUCGAUUUCUUAAAGCACUAUGUAUGCCAUAGCAAUCAAUGUGCGAAGACGAAGUCUGAAGAAACCGAAAAAUAGAAAUAGCUAAUCUGUUAAUAUAAAUAACAAAUAACGAACAGAUCCAUGCAUAUCGUACAAAAAUAGGUACUUACGAAUCUGAAUGUGCGAUAAGAAAUUAAAUUAGUAAAUUUAAUCAUUUAUAAUUCAAAAAAUUUCGAAUUUUCAUGUCAAGAUUUCCGACUCGGCUUAAACAGCAAAAUUCAAUUUACUAUUGAAGUAUUGUAAAUACUUCUAGAUCAUUUUGUAUCGUAAAUCAAUUUUUAAUAGUUCACGUUUGAUAUUUACACAGUUGACAUAUUUUAACACACAAUGUAAAUAGAUUAUUAGUAUUUUCUAAUCGUACGCAUUUUUAUUUAUCGAUAUUAACGUAUAGUUAUCACAGUAACGGAUUGCCAUUUUGAUCUAUCGUUUUCUCUUUCUUCUUUAAAUAAUUAAUAAAUAAUAAAUUAAUAAUGCGUACAAUUAGGAAAUUUUAAUAAGCUAAUUGUAUUACAUACUGAAGAUGUUAUGAGCUGUUCUGUAUAAUGUGUUAUCAUCAAACAAGUGAGUUUAUGUUUAUGUUAAUUUUAUUAUUGAGCGCAUGGCACAUAGAAAUAAAACAGAAGCAAUAAAAUUUAAGCAAUAAGUAAAUUAAUUAAUCACAUUAAAUUAAUUAUUCACGAGAAUAAUCAAGAACUGAAGACUAUCAUGUCGAAAUUUCAAUAAUAAUUAUAAUUGACCAAGUCGCUUCUUACUUAAAUCUUGUUACUCAUAUUUUUCUAUAUGCCACGGCCAUACCGUUAUAUUAUGUUAUUAUUUCAUGUUAUAUUAUGUUAUUAUAUAUUCUAUUCUAUAUUCUAAUAUUUUCCAGUUCUUACGACGUUUUUAUCUUUUGCAGUUUGUUUUGGACAUAUUAACAUAUAAUAAAACAAUGUUUUUGUUGUGAAA